GUGAUUAAUGACAAAAUUUUCAUUUUGGGGUGGAGUAUCCCUUUAAAGUACCUUUUUGUUAACAGAGGUUCAAGCUGAUUCAAGGUUCCACAUGAAAGGUGGUACACAUCUGAAAAAUACUUAAUAUUUGUGUAUUGAUGGAAAAUUAUUUUAUUUAAUUCACUUUUAUUGAUUUUUUAAUGUAUUUCAUUAGUAUAUAAUGGUGUGAUUAAUUAGUAAGAUCUGUGAUGGAUAUUAGAUUGUGGGCUUUGUUUCCUUUUUCCCUUGAUUUCCCCAUCUCCUUUUGUGUUUGUACCUGAGAUUUAUGUGCCAAAUUUAGAUUUCCUAUAUAUAAUCAUUGUAAAGUGACAGAUUUUGACUAUUGUUUGUGGUCAGCAACCAAUGAAAAUCUAGGGAGGAAAAAAAACAACUCAUGUUUGAAUAUUCUCAACCUAUGACUCACUUCCAUGAAGUGAAACAGGUAUUAUAUUCACGUUAUAAUCAUAUUUUCCCAAUUGUGCAACUAUAAUGAAUGCAUUUUUCAGGUUUAAAAAUCAAUUUAACUUUAAAUUUAACUUUUUCUUCACAAAAUGUCUUAUGUUAUAUUGCAUCAUUUGCACACUGUUAUUGCAGUAUCUCAGUUAUGUCCUUUUUGAAUGAAUAUUUGCUUUUUAAUGUUAACAGUAACAGAAAUCAAAGUUUGAACAUUUUUUAAAAUUACUUUCAAAUAUAUAUUAUAUUGUCAUUGUCAUGGAAGUGACUUGACAGAAAAGUGCUGUAGUUAGAUGUACCUAAAAAAUUUGUUCAUAUUGUGCAUAACACUUUAGCACGAGCUAUUUAGUAUGCAUUAAUUUAGCCAAAAAUGUCUUAUAUCACUAUAUGAAUCAAACUUAACACACUAUAUAUUAUGCAACGAAUGGAAUCUAAAUUAAAUUGACAGUUUCAUUAAUCAAAUGAAAAAGAAUAUUUUUUUUUUUUUUCUCAUUCCUAAGUUAAAUAGUCAACCCAAAUUGCUUAGUUUGAUUUAUGUAAAUGGACAUAUUUUAUUAUAUUUAAUAAUUGGUUUCAAAUAUUUGAUGUAUUAAUAUUUAAUAUUUUGCAUCAGUAUUUAAUAGUUCUUAUGGCAAAUCAGCUAAUUGAUUUGCUUGUUGUUGCUCAGUUUCUGAUGUUUUCCAGUAAUUUCAUCAGUUUUUAUCACAUUUUUGUUGUAAGACAAACAGUGGUUCAGAGUGGGGUAGUGUUGAUAUGGUUGAUGUUUUAAGCACUUCUUGAUGAUUCUUGAUGUUGUAUGCUUUGAUGAUUUGCAGUUGCAGUUAUUUCUAGCCACUUUGUACUGGGACAUUCAGGCCCAGAUUAAAAUAUGUGGAAUGUGAGGCUUUAACUGUGCUUUAUUGAUUAAUUAUUCUAAUGUACAUUUACAAAAUGUAAUUCAAGGGUGUUAAGAAAAAGCAUUAGAAUAUGUGUGCAGAGUAGGCUUAAAGUCACUAAAUAAAAUCAAACUAGAUUUUUGAAAUUUGUGUCGAAUAUUGAUCGUAGUUGUGAAAUCAUCUCAAUGUUAUUAUGAAGGUAUUCGCAUUGAUGGAUAAAGGUUUUUGGACCAUUAGUAAAUUCACACCUGCCUCAGCUUUGGUUUGCUACCAACCAAUUCUAGGUUUACUGGGUGUUUGUUUUUUUAUGUGUCCUCCCACCCCUUAUAGUGUCUUGGGAUCACCACCUAUAAAAGUAAAGUCAACACACACUGAGAAAAUCACAGGUUUGAAAAGCAGUGCAACUAUUUGGUUACUGACCUCGAGAUGGCGCACGUAUGUUCUCGUUCCAGAGUAGUCCAUGUUGGAAUCUUGAGUUUGAUUCAUGUUAGCGAAUCGGUUCGUUCGCACCGUUCGUGUCAAUGAGCCUGUUUACUCCUUUUUUUCUGGAUUUAAUUUGUAAUUCAAUUAAUUAUUUUAUGAUUAAAAUGCUGUUCUCUUAGGCUAAUAAAAUUGCAUUAAAUGUUGUGUUUAUUGUUCAAACAUUGUUCACACUGGAAAUUCCUGACUGAAAAGUUUUGUUCCUAAACACCGCUGAGUGAUCCGCGCUUUUGCGAAUCGGUUCGACCGAACCAUUGAAAAGAUUCAGUUGAAAACAAUGAUUCUUUUAAGAAUCGGAGACCAUUCACACUGUUGAGUUUCCCAGCUGUCAGGUUAAGCACGCGGUCAGAGACCUGACAAUGGAUAUCGAUGAAGAUAUAGGUGAUUCUUCACCAGCAGAGACUCCAGCCACUAAAAUGUCCAGACAACAGAUAUUAACACUUAUUGCAAUGGCCUCCAUAAACUUCAGUUCAAUGAUCUGUUACUCAAUUCUGGGACCAUUUUUCCCAAGUGAGGCAAAGAAGAAAGGUGUCAGUCAAGCUAUGAUUGGUUUAAUAUUCGGAAUCUAUGCAUUAUGUACUUUAGUGGGCUCAUUGUUACUGGGUAAAUAUAUUGUCCAGAUAGGAGCCAAGUUUAUGAUCGUGGCAGGGUUGUUUGUAUCAAGCGGAUGUACUGUUCUCUUCGGGUUUCUUGACCAAGUGUCUGAUGGGACAGUUUUCAUCGUGCUCUGUUUUAUCACACGGUGCAUAAACGCAAUUGGCUUUUCCGCCGCCGUUACAGCGUCUUUUGCAGUUCUAGCAAAAGUUUUCCCCGACAACAUAGCGACUGUUUUGGGCUUCAUGGAGAUUUUCACAGGUCUUGGCCUGAUAUUGGGUCCUCCGUUGGGCGGCUGGCUCUAUCAGUCAUUUGGAUAUGAAAUCCCAUUCGUUUUCAUGGGAUGUCUUCUGUUUGCGACAGUGCCUCUCAAUUUGUGGAUUUUACCCAGCUUUGAUGCUGUUCCUUCUUCCCAGAAUUCCUUCCUCAGAUUGUGUACCAGAAUAAAGAUCCUUCUCAUCUGCUUCGUGGUGUUCACUUUGAGUUCAGGACUUGGCUUCCUGGAUGCAACACUGUCCAUAUUUGCCAUAGAAAAGCUUAAUCUCAGUGCUGGUUCAGUGGGGCUGCUCAUGAUUGGACUGUCACUGCCGUAUGGGGCGGCAUCACCUGUCUUUGGUGUGAUCAGUGAUAAAUAUCCUUCAAAUAGGAAAUGGAUGAUGGUAAUUGGAGGAAUGGCCACAGCGGUGAGCUUUUGUUUCCUCGGCCCACUUCCUGUUUUCCAUAUUAGGAGUCAGCUCUGGCUCACCGUCCUCAUGCUGAUCGUGGUGGGCUUCUCUCUCUGUAUGACCUGUAUCCCCACCUUCGCUGAGAUGAUCGCUUGUGCACAUGAAAAUGGCUUUGAGGAGGGCUUGAGUACGCUGGGAUUGGUGUCAGGCUUGUUCUCAGCAGUCUGGUCUGCUGGGAUGUUCUUUGGGCCGACCAUUGGAGGAUACAUCACACAAGCACUCAACUUUGAAUGGAGCGCAGGAGUUCAAGGCGCAAUCGCCUUUCUCGCUGCCUUACUACAAGUAAUAUAUUUCACAAUAGAGGACAUACAAAAGAAGUCACAAAAGGCCAACAGGACUGACAGGUCAUUAUCAGAAGGAGAAAAAUCCCCGCUUCUCCCCAAGACAGAUCAUCUCAGGGUUGAUGUCAGCUGAAACAAGCCUCUGCAAGCUUUUAAAUGGAAGAACAAAUGUAAUCAUAUUGCUGCUAAAUACAGGUGAUGUGGGAUAUGAUUGACAGAUGACAAAUGAAGAACGCAGAGAAGGUCAGUUUAACAACAAAAAUAUCGUACAUGUAAUAUUUUAAGAUCAGUUGAACCUGUACACAGGAGUUCAGUGAACAUUUACAAAGUACAUGUCCUGUAAGAAGACUGUAUUAAGAGAGAAGGAAGUGUAUUAAAGUUUCAUGUAUAACUGUAAAGAGAUGACAGAGCUGAGAUGUGCCUGUUGAUGAAACACUUUAUCUUUUACCCUGUUUCUGGGAAUAUUGUAGGGUGACGCUGUAAAUAUUCCCUCACUAGAAGAUGCUGCCCAGCUUUGCUAAUUGUUUGCAUCUCAAAUGCUGCUUUGGCAAUUAAAUAUUCAUCUUGACAGUCACAACAAGGACAUUUUACAAAGUAGAGUGAAACACAUUUUGGCUUAUUUGUGUUUAGUAACAUGAGAUAUAAUCCAUUCUGAAAAAUAGGUGUACAUUUUUGCAGUAAAUUACAGAAAUAAAAUAAUUCAUUUCCUCGUAUGCUUACAGUACAGUACACUGGAAUAUUUCUGAGGUCUUGUGGAGGUUUCAGAAAUCUUUUGGACUAGUGUAAGAAUGUGGGAUUUGUAUUUUAAUAUUACUUAAUACAGAGUAAUACCCAUCUAGCCCUGGUUCGUGACUGACCCCAUUAUAACCGCUUUUUACAGAUUUACAAAUGAUUGCCAUAUGCCUUAUGGCAACAACUUCUACAAAUGUACAGUUUUACACAAUAAAUUUUUACAAUCUGCA